UGUAGACCUCAAAACCUGGAAUGCCAUAGUUGCAAAAACCAGUUUCUGGGUGAGGACUAUGGUUGGGUUACUCCGCACAAAAAAUUUGGAAUUGACUGUUCCAAAGUCAAAGCCCUAGUUAAAACUCAAAGCUUUGGUGAGUAGUCGGAAGUGAAGGGAAAAUGACGAAGUUCGUAACCAGCCGGAUCUUAGCAGGACCAUCGAUGAUGCUAAGAAGACUGUGUACGGCGGUGGAGGUAAAGGCUGAGACGGAGGCGACACCUGUGGAUGAUAAUGGAAGCAGACAUCUUUACAAGAGAUUAUCGGCGUUGGGUUCAACCAAAGGGAAGGUGUCGGAGGUUCUUAACGAGUACAUUAGGGAAGGAAAAAGCCGCGUUGUCCGGAAACAACAACUCCAAAGGUGUAUCACAGAGCUCCGCCGAUAUAGAAAACAUCAAUGUGCCCUUGAGAUCAUGGAAUGGAUGGUGAGCAGGGGUAUUAACCUUGGGCAUUCGGACCGCGCAAUACUUUUGGAUCUCAGAGCAAAGGUUCAAGGAAUUACAGCCGCUGAGAAAUAUUUCAACGACCUUUCACCUAAAGAGAAGCAUUGCUAUACGUAUGGAUCUCUUCUAAAUUGCUAUUGUGUUAAGAAGAUGGAGGACAAAGCAUUAGCUUUAUUUAAGGAAAUGGAUGAGAUGAACUAUGUUUCAAAUUCAUUGCCUUUUAACAAUCUUAUGUGCUUGUAUAUGAGACUCGAGAAACCGGAAAAGGUGCCUCCUCUGGCAGAGGAAAUGAAGAGAAGAAAUAUAAAACUAAGCACAUUUACUUACAAUAUUUUGAUGACUAGCUAUAUCUCUUCCAAUGACAUAAUGGGAGUAGAAAGAGCUUUUGAAGAGAUUAAGAGGGAAAACGAAAAAGCGUGUGACUGGACAACUUACAGUCAUUUGGCAUGUGCCUACUCCAAACUUGGAUUUAAUGAGAAGGCUGAGCUAGCACUCAAAAUGCUGGAGGAAGAGAUCAGGGGGGCACCUAACCGUGAAGGGUACCACUUUUUGAUCAGCUUGUAUGGAGGAAUGUCUAAUCUAGUUGAGGUGCACCGUGUUUGGAAUGCUCUGAAGUCCAAGUUUCAGGUAACAACCAAUUAUAGUUAUCUUAUCAUGCUUCAAGCUCUAAAUAAGCUGAAUGACAUGGAUGGAUUAAAGAAAGUGUUUACAGAAUGGCAAUCAAGCUGCUCUAAUUUUGACAUGAGACUAGCAAAUGCUGUCAUUAGUGCUUAUCUAAGGCAUGACAUGGUAGCAGAAGCUGAAAAGGUUCUUCUUAUUGGGAUGGAGAGAUCAAAGGGACCAUUCUUCUUUGCAUGGGAAAUGUUUUCAGUUUUCUUUCUGACGAAGGAGAAAAAUAUCAGUCGUGCUUUGCAGUGCAUUGAUGAGGCAAUAUCCUUGGUCAAGGACAAAGAAUGGUCUCCAAAAUCUGACAGCAUAAAUGCAUUUCUCAAUUAUUUUGAAGAAGAGAGUGAUGUUGAUGGUGCUGAAAGGUUCUGCAGUAGUUUGAAGAAGCUAAGUUGUCUCAAAGGUGAUGUGUACAAAUCAUUGAUGCAGACUUACAUUGCUGCUGGUAGAAUAUCACAUGAUAUGCGCCAGAGAAUGGAGGAAGAUGGGAUUGAGAUUAGUGAUGAGCUUAAAAUUUUACUGAAAAAGUUGAGCCCUGAAUGACGUUAGGAGUAGUAGCAUAUUGUCACACCUUCAUGGCUUUGUAUGUGCUGUUAUUAGCAUUUGUUCGUUUCACACUUUUUUUUUUGGCUUUUUGUUCGUUUCACACUUGAAAACCAAGAUUGUUUAUAAAACCUUAAUGUACUUUUCCCCCUCGAGUUACUUACACUUGGGGUUUGGCCAUCCAUCAUAUAUUCAUAUGCAUUUAAAG